UUCAAGUUUUGUCCCGUGACAAAUAGCUGCGGAAUUUCGGGCCAAACGUCAGCAGCUGGCCAUCUCAGCUUUGCUUUUGGCGGUUCAGAAACAAACAGCAAUGGAUGAAGGAAAACCCUGCAUGUGUCCGUUUAGUCACCGGAGUCUUUGCUAGUGAAACAUACGCCGAGUUUUUCUUCAGCUUCUUCCUCUGCAGUCCGACACGUCAGUGGAGACGGUUUCCGUGGAAAGCUUGUGAAAAUAAGCUCUAGAAUGGAGAUUGUCAGUUGUGUGUUUAAGCUGUGCUCCAGAACAGAGCACUGAAGAACCACUGCUACACCGAGCUGCCUUCUCUGAGCUCAGCCAACCAGAGCCCUCAGGAUGGACGAGCACUCCAGCUGCCCUAAUGUCAGCAUUCCCUGCUACAAUGAGCAGAGAGACAAGAAAAAGCGCUACACUGUUUACAAAGUGAUGGUCAGUGUUGGAAGACAUGAGUGGUUUGUCUUCAGGAGAUAUACAGAAUUUGAUAAACUGUAUAAUACAUUGAAAAAACAGUAUCCUGCUUUGAAUUUGAAGAUACCUGCUAAGAGAAUAUUUGGUGACAACUUUGACCCAGAGUUUAUAAAACAGAGAAGAACGGGGUUACAUGAGUUCAUCCAGAAAAUCGUGUCCCAUCCGCAGCUCAGCAACCACCCAGAUGUCCGAGAUUUUCUGCAAAUGGACAAAUCAAAAAACUUCUCGGAUGCCUCAGAAGAUGAAGAUGAGAAGAAUAGCUCUACCUCCAGAAAUAUUAACCUGGGACCAUCUGCAAAUCCCCAGGCUAAACCCACUGACUUUGACUUUCUUAAAGUCAUCGGUAAGGGGAGCUUUGGAAAGGUUCUACUUGCGAAGAGGAAGCGAGACGGGAAGUGUUAUGCAAUCAAAGUCUUGCAAAAAAAGGUCAUUUUAAACAGAAGAGAGCAAAAACACAUCAUGGCUGAGCGCAACGUGCUGUUGAAGAAUGUGAAGCACCCUUUCCUUGUUGGAUUGCACUACUCUUUCCAGACAACAGACAAGUUAUACUUCGUCCUGGAUUUUGUCAAUGGAGGCGAACUUUUCUUCCACCUUCAAAAAGAGCGGACCUUUCCUGAACCCAGGGCAAAGUUCUACAUUGCUGAGAUGGCAAGCGCACUGGGCUAUCUGCACUCUCUCAACAUUGUUUACAGGGAUUUGAAACCAGAAAAUAUCCUGCUGGACUCCCAAGGGCACAUAGUCUUGACCGAUUUCGGAUUGUGCAAGGAGGGGAUCUCUCAAGCAGACACAACCACCACAUUUUGUGGAACACCUGAGUAUCUGGCUCCAGAGGUACUGAGGAAACAGCCGUAUGACAAUACUGUGGACUGGUGGUGUCUGGGCUCUGUGCUGUAUGAGAUGCUCUAUGGCCUGCCUCCAUUCUACAGUAGGGACACACAUGAAAUGUAUGAAAACAUACUGCAUAAGGAGCUACCAAUGCGACCUGGCGCAUCCACGACUGCCUGGUCCAUCUUGCAGGCUCUACUGGAGAAGGAUAACACCAGGAGGCUGGGAUACAGGGACGACUUUAAUGAAGUCAAAAGCCAUGACUUUUUCUCUUCAAUUAACUGGGACGACCUUGAGCAGAAGAAGAUUCCACCUCCGUUUAACCCCAGUGUGGAGUCGCAGUAUGACAUAUCGAAUUUCGAUCCUGAAUUCACUGAAGAAACUGUUCCCAAUUCGGUGUGCAUUUCCACAGAGCACUCCAUCGUCAAUGCCAGUGUCAUGGAGGCCGACGACGCCUUUCUGGGAUUUUCCUACGCUCCACCUUCAGAUGACUCUUUCCUGUAAAAAGGCUGCUGCUCAAGCGAGUGCUUCCAGAAGUGGCUUUUGUAGUAGUCAUUCUUUUUUGCUGAAAGGGAAGAACAUGCCCAGUGGAGAAACCUGACCUUAGGGGUUGUAUAGUUUUGUUGACAAAAGUACAUAGACAUUUUGUGAUGCAGGGUAUUUCAAAUCUUUAUUUUUUAUCUUCAAACAACAGAUUUAUAUUUUGUAUGGAAUCUAUUACCUUCCCUGAGAUGUUGCUCAGGUGUUGCUUUUCUUCCUCAGAUUAUUUUAUACGGUGGCAGUUUUUCUGUCAGGGAAGCCUGAGAAUGCCCUUUGCUUGAAAACAAAAUGCCUUUGUCUUAUACAUUCCGUUUUAUCUCCCCUGACACCUAGAUCAUUGCUUACGACAUGGACCCUGUGCAGUUGUGACCGUGUGAUUUGACCUAUAAAAAAAAAAAAAAAUAUAUAUAUAUAUAUAUAUAUAUAUAUAUUAUGGAAAAUAGUUACAGGCCUAGUCAUAUAUUAAGACGUGACUUUUUUUUUUUUUAACCAAAGACGCCAUUUUUGUAUUAAUAACCCCUGUGGCAUAAUGAUGUAAGACUGAACUGAAUAAAAAAAAAUUAACUAAUGGUGGAAUUUAAAUUAGUAAAGUAAAAGAAACUA